UCUGUCAUCUGACCAGCGAACACCAAAGUAGGAAAUGUAGAAAACAGCACGAUAGCCCAUUUUAGUCAGUAAAAUAACAACCAUGCACUUUGUGUGUAACGGAAUUCAUCCUUUAUUAAGACUUGUGGUGGUCUGUGCGUCUCUUUUCAUUAACCAUGGAUUGGCUGGUAAAAUGAAGAUCGUCGAGGAGCCAAACACAUUUGGGUUGAACAAUCCCUUUCUUUCUCGGAGCAGACUACAGCCUAAAGUGACCCCAUCUCCAGUGUCUGGCCCUGCACAUUUUCAUCAGCUCGCUGGGAAGUGCUUCAUUCAUACAGAGUCAACGUAUAAAUAUGAAUUCUGUCCAUUUCACAACAUCACCCAACAUGAGCAAUCAUUUAGAUGGAAUGCCUACAGUGGGAUACUUGGGAUCUGGCAGGAGUGGGAAAUGGUAAACAACACUUUCACAGGCAUGUGGAUGAGAGACGGGGAUGCUUGUGGAACGAGAAACAGGGAAACAAAGGUGAUUUUUGUCUGCAGUGCAAGCAGCAAGCUCGCCCAGGUCUCAGAGCCCAGUACCUGUGUGUACUCGCUCACCUUCGAGACCCCACUUGUUUGCCAUCCACAUUCCCUUUUAGUGUACCCAACACUGAGUGAGACGCUCCAAAAAGAAUGGGAUGAGGCUGAGCAGGCUCGCUAUGAAGGUCUCAUUACUGAGCAGGGAUACAACAACCUUUUGAAGGGUAUUUUUGAGGAUGCCGGUCUCCUGAAGAGCGAAAAGGUGAAGAUAAAGCUACCAGAAGUUGUAGCUGAUUCAGGAACACACAACUCCUUACAUAAAUGUACAGAGGAUCUCGAAAAACAGCGAGAAGAGGUUAAAAGACUGCGCUCUCUCCUCACUCAACACAACAUUCCCUUUGAUUCAGAGCAAACACAUGAACCAAAAGGCCAAACAACUACAACAGUUAAAGAGCAACACCCACGGGGAGACCACGGCCUUCUGGAUCAGCUGUGAGAAAUAUCCCAGAGCGAGUCACCGAGUCCUUUUUAAAGCACCGGAGUGGAGAUUUCUUUUAUCAAUGUAAGCAUCAAAGAAUGUGGCUGGACAUUAUCGCUGUCACUGGUGAAGAAUGAAACAGUGACACUGAGAAAAACGAACAUAUUUGUGGAUUUCAAACUUGUCAGACUCUAGCGUUUUUUCCAGGUGGGGUAUUGACCCUCAGCUGGAUCUCUCGAGACUUUUCAUCAUUUUUUUUUUACAAAGUUUUGAGGGAGGAGUAAAACUCUCACAUGUAAAGAUUGUUAUUCAGUACUGUACUUUGUCGUUGCUGCAUACAGAAACUGGAUGUCCUGCUCCAGGUAUACAAGAAAACAUCUAUAACAGGAUGAAUGGACAGGACAUUAAGCAUUUAAUUAAAUAACUUGUAUUUGUGUUAUGUGUACCAGAACUAAAGACAAGCGCAAUGGUGAACAAUCUUGAAAGAAAUAAGCUUAUGGUGAUAUUUUUGUGUGAGUCUUGAUACAGUGAGGAACUUAUUUAAACGCCUUUGAAUGUUAAGUGUGCUGUAUUUGGAUGCAUUUCUUAUAAUACAGGAAGUGAUGUCAACAACCUGAAAUUACAAA